AUGGCUAGUGCAACAUAUCCAACUGAUCCAAUCUAUCCACCUCCCUACACUGUUCAUGAUGAACUCAAAGCCAGUGGAGGAUAUCAACAACAAAUGCCACCACAGCCACCCAUACAACCCACCUAUUUCGUUGCACCGCCACCACCAGCAGUGCCAAUGUAUGCUCCAGCGACAGUUUUCCAACCGAUCAUGGGCACAGCAUUGUUAGGUCGCACUCCAGUUGCAGUCCAAUGUCCGAGAUGUCAACAGCAGAUUGUGACUGUUGUUCAGUAUGAAACUGGUGGUGGCACUUGGCUCAUUGCAUUGCUCAUAUGUCUUUUCGGUGGUAUUUUCGGUUGUUGUUUGAUUCCGUUUUGUGUGCCAGGCUGUCAAGAUGCUGUACACACGUGUCCUGCAUGUCGAAAUCUUAUUGGUCGACGAAAUAUUAUUUAG